CGUUCCCUCUCCCUAAUGCUCUGUGUCUUCCCUCAGGGCCUGGCGCACCUCCAUUCUCACCACGUCAUUCACCGCGACAUCAAGGGACAGAACGUGCUGCUGACCGAGAACGCCGAGGUGAAACUGGUGGAUUUCGGAGUGAGCGCCCAGCUGGACAGGACCAUUGGGAGGAGGAACACCUUCAUCGGCACCCCCUACUGGAUGGCGCCGGAAGUCAUCGCCUGCGAUGAGAACCCAGACUCCACAUACGACUACAGGAGUGACCUGUGGUCUUUGGGAAUCACUGCACUGGAGAUGGCUGAAGGUGCUCCACCUCUGUGCGACAUGCAUCCCAUGAGAGCCCUCUUCCUCAUCCCACGGAACCCCUCCCCCAAGCUCAAAUCAAAGAAGUGGUCGAAGAAGUUCCUGACCUUCGUAGACAACUGCUUGGUGAAGAACUACCUGCACCGGCCCAACACCGAGACGCUCCUACGACACUCCUUCGUCAAAGACCUGCCCAACGAGCGGCAGGUGCGCAUCAUGCUCAAGGACCACCUGGACAGAGCCAGGAAGAAAAAGGGGGACAAAGAAGAGACAGAGUAUGAGUACAGUGGCAGUGAGGAUGACGAGGAGGAGAUGAACGAGGAAGAAGGAGAGCCCAGCUCCAUCGUGAACCUGCCGGGCGAGUCCACGCUGCGACGGGAGUUCCUGCGGCUGCAGCAGGAGAAUAAGAGCCGCUCGGAGGCGCAGCGCCAGCAGCAGGUGCUGCAGCAGCAGCUCCGCGACCAGGAGCGCUACAAGAAGCUGCUGCAGGCCGACCGGCAGAAGAGGAUCGAGCAGCAGAUGGAGGAGCGCCGGAGACUGGAGGAUCAGCAGAGGAGGCAGCAGCAGGAGGCCGGCUUCCAGUGGCCCGAGCUGCAGGAGAUGCUCUGGAGGGAGGAGCCGGAGCCCGAGGGGCGGAGCCUGCUGGAGGAGAGGCGCAAGCUGACCGACGGACAGAAGAGAGGCGACAGGAAACAGCUGGAAGACUCAGGCAAACAUAAGACUGAUGUUGGAGGGAGACCGGUUGGUCCAUUGACAGACCAGCGAAGGGGCAAGCCCGCUCCUCUUCCUCAGCAGCAGCCGCCGUUGCAGUCGCAGCAGCAGCAGCAGCAGCAGCAGCAGCAGCAAGGCAGAAAGUUCCACCGCACGCUGCCCAAAGAUCAGGCCCAGCUGCUCUCGCUUCAGCACGACCACAGGCACAAGCAGCGGGAGCCCCAGAAGGCCACUAGCGCCGCGCCUAGCUGCCCGGCAAAUAGCCAGCGCAAAGCGAUGGAUGACAGGGGGAAAAUGGCCGAUGGCUAUCUGUCCAACCUGAACCGCCUGGCCGCCGGGCUCCCUCUGCACGUCCAGUCCAGGCUGGGCUCCGGGAGCAACUCCAGCCCCUGCACACCCGCCCUGCAGAGGGCCGCGGUGCACCAGAACGCCAACCUUCGGUCCAGUAGGGAGUCCCACCACAGCAGCUCCCUGUCGGACAUGGCCACCUCGCCCGUGUCCCCCACCGCGGACGACGUCUUCUGGGACGUCUUCCCCAGCCCGGAGGAGCGCCCCCCCAAGGUUCCAGAACGUACGACGUCAAAGUUUUACUGUAAAGAACUGCUGAGUCACCACAGGACAGCGUCGAGUGGGUUUCCUUCGUCCCCGGUGGAGAAGUUGGGCAAGCCCCUCCCCUCACUGAGCAGCUCCUCUGGCGGCUCACAGUCAGGAUUCUGUAAGAUCGAGAGUCCCCUGUUGCCGUGCCGACAGCAGCCGUGCAGACAGCCGCAGGAGCGCUCUCCGCUGUCCCCCCUCCAGCACCCGGGCUUUGGCCUCUCUCCCGGGCCCAAGUCGAACCCGAGCUCGUUCCUGAAGGCCACGGAGUACUCCUCCUCCAGCGACGAGCCAGGGAGCAGCGACGAGGAGGAGAGGAACCGGCCUGUGGAUAACAGGAAGGGGGGGAAGUUUUUCAAAGCGGCCCCCGAUGGAAUCGUCCUUCAGCCCCACUGCAGUCUGAACCAGCAGCAGCGUGCGGCGGGCUCUAAGGCCGGCCGCCAGCCGAGGCCCCCCGGCUCAGAAUCCAGUCAGAAUUACCUUCUCCCUGAUCUCCUACAGAAGAGCCCCCCCUUCGAGACCCACGGAUGGCUCCCCCGGGACGCCCUGUACCCCCAGACCCCUCCCGGCCGCACCCCUGACCUGGACAAACCGGUGAAUGGGCAGGUGGGAAAGAAGAGCUCCUCUUCCUCCUCUUCCUCAUUCACGACCUUCAUCGACCCACGCCUGCUGCAGAUAUCUCCUCCUCCAAGCCCAAUGGACCAGAGUCCCACUGGCUGUAAACCAGAGCCCGUCCGGAGGGAGAACCACAGGAAGGGGUCCGUGGUCAACGUCAACCCCACCAACAUCCGGCCCCAGAGCGACACUCCCGAGAUCCGCAAGUACAAGAAGAAGUUCAACGCCGAGAUCCUGUGUGCCGGCCUGUGGGGGGUGAACCUGCUGGUGGGCACGGAGAACGGGCUGUGGCUGCUGGACCGCAGCGGGCAGGGCAAGGUGUACCCGCUCAUCAGCAGGAGGCGCUUCCAGCAGAUGGACGUCCUGGAGGGGCUCAACGUCCUCAUCACUAUCUCAGGUAAAAAGAACAAGCUGCGGCUGUACUACCUGUCCUGGCUCCGGAACAAGAUCCUGCGGAACGACCCGGAAGUGGAGAAGAGGCAGGGCUGGACGUCCGUGGGGGACCUGGAGGGCUGCGUGCAUUACAAAGUCGUACGAUAUGAGAAGAUCAAGUUCCUCGUCAUCGCCCUGAAGAACGCGGUGGAGGUGUACGCCUGGGCCCCCAAACCGUACCACAAGUUCAUGGCCUUCAAGUCCUUCACCUCCCUCCCUCAGAAGCCCCUCUCCGUGGACCUGACCGUGGAGGACGGCCAGAGGUUAAAGGUCAUCUACGGCUCCCUGUCGGGUUUCCAUGCCAUCGAUGUGGACUCAGGGACGCCCUACGACCUCUACCUUCCCACGCACAUCCACGGCGUCAUCCGGCCCCACGCCAUCAUCAUCCUGCCCAACACCAGCGGCAUGGAGGUGCUGGUGUGCUACGAGGACGAGGGCGUCUACAUCGACACCUACGGCCGCAUCGCCAAGGAGACGGUGCUGCAGUGGGGGGAGAUGCCCGCCUCCGUGGCCUACCUCCAGUCCAACCAGGUGAUGGGCUGGGGGGACAAAGCUAUCGAGCUGCGGUCUGCCGAAACAGGAAACCUGGAGGGGGUCUUCAUGCACAAGAAGGCGCAGAAGCUCAAGUUUCUAUGCGAGAGGAACGACAAAGUGUUUUUUGCCUCGGUGCAGUCGGGCGGUAGCAGCCAGAUCUACUUCAUGACUCUGGGGCAGAACUCCCUCUUCAACUGGUGACCCCCGGAGCUCGCGGUCACUCUUUUUUUUUUUUUUUUUUUUUUUUUUUUGAAAAAAGCACAAGCAUUUCAGGGUUCUCAGCCCAAAACGCGCCCAGGAUUCGGUUUGUCAGGUUUUUUAUACGUGGGCUUAUCCCGAUUUUGAAAAAGAGAGAACGUUUUGCUUUGUAAACCUCGUACUGUUCACAACGCCUGUUAAUGCGAGCCCCGAGGUCCAACACCGUAGGCUGUUGUUAUUGCCGUUGGCAUUUAACGUGUGCAAUAAAAGGAGUAUCAUAUUUUAAGCACUAGAUAUAUACCUCAGAGCAAAUUUCCGACAGUUUCAAUAUUCCCGGGGGGAUUCGAUUUUAUAGAGAGCCCUCAAAGUAGAAUGUUUUUCGUCCAGUGCCUACAUUCAAGAGUGGAUAGCUGUUGGAUGAUCUCUUAUCUGUACCUGAAUGCUAGAAAUGAUGUGACUCAACCAUGCGUUCGUCAUGUUAUUAUAACAUGCUCAGAGAUCUCCCAUGCCGCUUCGGAGCCUGCUGUCGUUGCUGUUCACAUCGUCAUCUCUCUCAGUUGUAAUAAACUGAACCAUAGAAAAUGUCAGGGAACAUGCAUGGUGUGCACACAUAGCAUUAUGGGAUAGAUCCACACAGACUGCAUCUCUUAUGGUGUUUGUUGUAGGUUAUAAUAGAUGGAGGUCCUCUAUAAAAUCUUCAAGGCUUCAAGGCAGUGAGGUGUCUUCAUCGAUUCAUAAAAGUAAGAACAUGAUAAUAUAGUUGAUGCCUGAUCAGUAUUUGAUGGGCGCUGGAAAUAAAUAGCACUGGUCCCUAUUCUGUGGAGGAGAGUAUGGGACCAGUGUUCAUUAUAUUGUUUAAAAUUCCCAUGAAGCAUUAAAGUCUGGACUACAAUGACCUGGUGACUAGUAAUGACUGUAAAUCCGUGCAUAUAUGAUGGAAUUGGUGUCACUAAAAUGGAUACUAUUUUGUCUGCACACGUGCAUUAAUAUUACUUUUUCAACUUGCAUAUUCUGAAAAGGUUUGUUGUUCUACACUAAGAAAACUGACCCUGUUUGUUUCACGAUGCCCAUUUGGAUGGCAGAAUUAAUUUUAGAUCAGUUCAGUUAGCAUUCGCUCGUUUAAUUGAUGAAGGGGCUUCCGCUUGUCUUGAGGCAAACGUACUGUAUGAGUGGGAGUAAUUCUUGCGUUAGCCGCCGCUAGUCUGCAGAUCUAAUAUUACAUAAUGUCCAUCAGUAUUCAGGAAAAAUCUGCUUUUCAGAUGACGAAGUAAACAUAUGGCCUGUCCCCGUUCAGUCUGAGAAGGCGAGCAAUAGCCCUACGCCUCUUCAGGGACGGUGUGUUGCACUUGUUUUUAUGAAGUAAAAAAGAGAUAAGAUUAGUCCAAUAGGUCUUUCCUUACCUUGGUGGAUGUACAUAUUAUUUGCACUGUUUUUUAUAGAUUUUAUAUCUACUUGGUCAUCUGCAUGUAGGGAGUAAAGGUGUUUUCAUAACAUAUAGUCCUUUGCACUAUUGAUGUGAUUUAUUGUACAAUAUCUGUAAGAAAUGCUUUAUUCUAACAGUUUAAAAAAGACUUUUUAUUGUCUUCAUACAUAUUCAGUAUUAUGUAAAUUUGAGAAAAGGGGAGAAAUGUAAGGUUGGAAAUCAGUUCUGUAUAAGGUGGUGACUCUUACUAUAUAAAACAGGCAGAACAUAGUCUUUGUGAAAUAACUAAUAUGGCUUUUGAACAGGGGUGUCCAGUCAAAACCGAAAAGGGCUUAUUCUGAUUUGGGUGCUGGCUUUUGUUUUAUCCCAGGACUAAGACAUAACAGACUAAUCAUAGUCAUUGAUCAAGACCUUGAUAAGUUGAAUCAGGUGUCUUGUGGCUGGGACAGAACAAAAACCUGCACCCACACCAGCCCUUUUUGGAUAAGAUUGGACACCCCGCCUUAGAAGGACCUUCCAUGCAGUUUCAGCUGAAUAAGGUGUGAAUGCCAGUAUCUGUGAUAAAAAUGAAUACAUAUCGCUUGUGAAGAAAAUGCAGUUAACUAUUGAUGAUGGACAACUUAGACAUCCAGCUACCCUGGAAAAUAUAUGGGCUUGAAAAAAAUGUGAAUCACUUCAUAUGUUGCAUUAAUUUGAAUAAAUAUUAAAAUGAUCUUACUUUUACAGUUUCCUAAAUGUACUUAAUUUGUCAGUCUAAUGUAUAAGUGAAAGAGCAGUUGUUCAUAAUUCUCCUCUUGAAAAGUAGUAGUUUCCACUAAAUUUUGGGAUUUUCAGAAUUGUGAAGAACACUUUUGUAUUUUGCUUUGUGCUGAUCCUUUUUGAUGCUGAAUGAUUGUACUUUUUUUUUUUUACCCCUUUGCCCACCUCCCAAAAAAAUGUUAUGUUAUGCUGUGCCGUGUUGUGUUUGUCUUCACCUUGCAUUAUGGCCACCAGGUGGAGCUAUAUGUAAAUGUUACAAUGACGUUUAUGUUGGUAAUACAGCUGGUUCUGUAAACAUAUUUAAGUAGAUAAUAUCUUUCUCUAAAUGACAGAUUGUUAUGAAUUAACCUUGUACUGUAUUAUCAAUAUUGACCUUUCUUCCUCUUUUUCUGGGUGUGGCUGUAAAUAGAUAAUAGUUUUCAGGUGCAUUCAACUGACAAGCGCAUUACUCAGCUCAAGAUAUGAGGUACUUCUUUUGAAAACGUACAGUACAAACUAUCACUGUAAUAGGAAUUUGUCUGAUUUUUAUGAACUGAAGUAACAGUUACAGUCAGCGUGCUUCUUCCCACAGCCAACCAGGUGAUUUUCUGUGAUUAUUUUUGCCACAGCAAUAGAAGCCCUGUAGUCCUAAAUUAAAUACAUUUGACAAAUAUAAGCAGAACAUAGGCUAGUGGAAAACAAUUCAUCAGUAGUAGCUGGUUAAGAAGAACGAUUACAUAUUUUCAGGAACAAGUACUGUUAAUGUAUGACUGUAACAUGGUUUUGAAAGCCAUCAGCCUGAACUGCUGGUGUCAUAACAGAGAGGAUAUUUUAGUUCUUUAGGUUUUUUUCUCUCUCUCCAAUUUUUCUCCAAACUGCAUUGAAACUGCAUUGUGUUUCUGCGAAUUAUAAGGGUUUUUGUACAACCCUUAUAAUAUAAAGCUGUCAAGUAGCUGUUAAACUGGCUGCCUGUUUUCAGAGGCCACUGCUUUAAUUCAUCAAGGGGAAAAAGGCAUAUUAAGUAUAUGGCAUGUUUGUCGUGCCAUUUAUAAGUGUUGUCGUGGUUGAAGUUGUAUGGAAUUGGUGGCUUUAAAGUGUGGAUUGUAUUUUUUUUUUAAACCUGUCAUUUGAAAUGGGAAAUGGGACUGGUUUGCCAGGAAGUAUAAUGGAGGUGUAGCGAGAGAUGGAAGGACAGAGCAAGUUGACGUAGGGCGGGUGCAAGUGUGCAGUGUAGUAGAGGUCUGUGAGCCGCUGCUGUUUAGGGGCGGUUCUGCUAAGAAAGUCGAGGAGAUUUCGGGGUUUGUGUGCCAAGAAUAGUGCCAUUGCUUUAAGAUGUUCUAGAAGGUUGACAGUAUACAUGCUUGCCAAUGAAAUGCAAAUUGAGCGAAAUGUGAGACAAGAAUUAUUAUUUUAUUUUUAUUUUUUGACAAAUGUCCAAUGCCUGUUUUUCUUUUUUUUUUCUUUUUUUUUUUUUGCCUGUGAAAAUGUAAAAUAACAAGCAUUACAGACUAUUUACUGUUUCAAAGAAAAUGUAUUUGGUAAGUUUUUUUGCUUAUACAUUUUUCUCAGAAAUUUGUAAUAAUGUCCCUAUUAUAUUAAAAGAUAAUCAUUCUCCCAA